AGCUCAGCCGCCGAGGACUCAGGCGCCAUAGGCCUUGCGCUGCUGACGCAAUGCCUCAAGCCUUGCCGCUUUGCUGGUCACUCCUGUGUGCUUGUACUUGGCUGGCGCCUUCCCCGCCGCCUCAACCAUAGUACAGUAGGACGACGUUGUACUAUAGUUGCUGUACUAGUGUUUUCGUCAUUCAGUGUAGAACGACGCUGCCGGUUUUAGGCGCAUGAUGGAUUCGCCGCUCUAGUUUGGCAUCGGACGGUCCGGAUUGGAUUUCACGCAUCAUCGUCAUGAGUCUCGGCAGAUGGACGGCGAGAUAUGAGGACAGCAACGUGCGCAUGCGCAGGAAGCGGGGGACAGCUGGCGGGCCCUCAUUGGGCAUUCGCGUGGGCGCCGGGUCGGCAGCAACCGCCGGCCUGCUUGGCGUUUCUGGGGGAGGCGGUAUCUACGGCAGUGUUGGCAGUGGAGCAGAGAGAGGAAGGGGAGGAGGAGGAGGAGGAGGAAUGGGAGGAGUGGGAGGGGCGGCAGGUGUGGGAGUGGGAGUGAUGAAGCUGGUACAGGAGCAUUAUCUUAGAGAGGAUAUCAAGUGCGGGUCUGCGCUGUGCCACGUGUGUUACAGCCACCUGGCGACCAUCGACCCCGCCAACCUGCUCUGGCAACUACCUCCAGAGGACUUCCUCUUUCGAGACGAGCUAGAGCGACCCUCCCUGUCUUCUGGUGCCCCGCACUACGUGAUCCCCGACGCCACCUCCCUGAUGGACUUCAUCGAGGUGUGGGAGCUGCCGGGCGUGCGCCACGUGCUGCUGCUGGGCUCCGUGCUCAAGGAGGUGCUGCAUUUCUCCAGCGCCCACCACACCAACUGCAUUCGUGCGCUAUGUGAGGACGGCAGGCGGGAGAGCUCCUUCUUUGACGACCGGCACUUCCUCUUCACGCAUUUGAUGGCGGAGGAGAGGCGGGCGAGCCUCAGGAUGACACUUGGAGAUGCUGCUUCUGCUGAAGUGGAGCUGUGCCAUGUGGUGGCAGCAGCGCAGUGGUUCUCAACCCAUCUGCACCGCACUAUACCCGUUGUCAUCGUGUCUGAUGAGCUGGCAGCGGCACGUGGCAGCAUGCCAUUGGGCGAGGUGUUGCAGGCGGUGCAGCGGAAAGAAGUGGUGGUGAUGUCAACAGAGGCGUUCUUCCAGACCUACUAUGGCCACUGCACCGCCGUUACCACUCUUAUGGACUCCCUGGCCACCCAGCACGCCUUGCGCCUCUCCUCGUCCUUCAGGUCCACGUCCGGUGGCGGCAGGCUCGGCAGCAGCAGGCUCGGCAGUGGGAAGCAGCGCAAGGAGGUUUUUCCACCGCACCUGUCGAGCACGGCAGUGGCAGAGGGAGUGGCGGUGGGUGCUAUCCGCGUGGGUGUGCUGCACAUAACUACCAGCGAGCCAUUCAAAGCCACUGUCAGGCACAGCCGCAAGCAGGUGCACUCCCCUUACAGCGACAUCACCAUAGUCUCGUGGCGCCAGCUCAACAGGGCCCUGCCUGGCGACACUGUAGCAGUGAGGCUGCUGGGGAAGCGCAGGGGAGGAGGAGAGGGUGUGGUGGGAGUGCGGAGGUUUGAUGGUGGGUUUAGUGAGGGGAUGGCUGGGGCUGCUGGUGCUGAUGGGGACGGUUGGAGUGCUGCUGGUGUCGCUGGUGGUGGUGGUGAUGGCGCUACUUCCAGCGCCUCUGCACCUGAAUCGUACCCACCACCACCCGCCCCUACUGGCUGGUACCAGGCCCCCGCUGCCGCUAAUGAGGCUCCCCCUGCCCCUGCACCUACAGGCUGGGGGGACUCCACUGCUCCCCCUACAGGCUGGGGGGAAUCCCCCCCUCCCCCUCCGCCCACAGGCUGGGGGGAAACUCCUGCCCCUCCUCCUCCUGCGCGCUGGGGGGAAGUUCCCCCUGUUGCUGCUGCCUCAGGGUGGGAGGAAGGUCCCCUGCUGCUGCUGCGUCAGGAUGGGGGGAACCUGCCCCCCCUCCUUCCCAAAGCGCAUGGGAUGGCGGGUGGAGGGAUGCAGGGAGGAGAGAGGGCGCGGAGGAGGUUGACUGGCGGGGCACGCAUGACACAGCGGGGGGGGAUGGGCAGAGGCGUGGCGAGUGGGAUGAGCAGAGGCGUGGCGAGUGGGAUGGGGGGGAUGGUGAAGAGGAAGGGGGCGAGGCGAGGCAGGAGAGCUGGCACAGAACGAGACCGGUUGAGAGGGGUGGGAAUGGUCAUGGGUACGGUAAUGGAUCAUGUGGAUGAGGUGGAGGGGGCGGGUGAGCCGGGGGAGGGGAGGGGGAUGUUGUGGUGGGAGGAAGAGGAAGAGGAGGAGGAGGAAGAAGAGGAGAGUGAGGUUGAGGAAGAGGAAGAGAGUGAGGAGGAGGAGGAGGAGGAGGAGGAGGAGGAGGAGGAGGAGGAGGAGGAGGAGGAGGAGGAGGAGGAAGAAGAAGAGGAGGAAGAGGAGGAGGAGGAGGAGGGAGAGGAGGAAGAGGAGGAGAAUGUAGGGGGGGAGGACGAUGAAAAGGACGCCAGGCAGGCAGAGGAGCAGCACGGGCACAGUGUGCUGUCGCCCACACAUGAGCAACAUCCCGUUGAGACUGGGCCCGCAGCAGGUGCAGCAGGUGCAGCGGUGCGAGCUGUUAGAAGCUCCAGCUCUGCCACGGGCAGCGAUGCUGCUGACACCACUCCGUACAGCAGCGUGAGAGGCGGCAGCAUGGGAGCAGGGAGCAGGGAAAACAGCAUGAGAGGGAGCAGCAGUAUGAGAGGGGCCAGCAGCGUGCGAGCGAGCAGUGUGAGGGCCAGCAGCACGAGAGCCAGCUCCCGCAGCCGGCUGUCCCGAGCUUCGUCCUCCAAGGCGAAGAUGGGGUUCCUCUGCGUGCCCAUGGACGCACGCCUGCCUCUGAUGUUCCUGCGCACAUCUCAGGCCGACCGCCUUCGUGCCAGCCGCUUCGUUGUGAGGAUGGCAGCCUGGGACCGCUAUUCCCGCCACCCUGACGUGUACCUGGUGAGGACGCUAGGGCCAAUGGGAGCCCUCCACGUGGAGCAGGCAGUGCUGCUGGAUGACAUGGGGCUCGCCUUCCCGGCUUUUGGCGACGGGGCCCUGCGGGAGAUCCCCCAGCCAGCGUCUGUGGCAGCAGCAGGGGCUGAAGCAGAGGGCAGGGGGAGUGGCGGGUGCCAGAGGAGGAGAUAGCGAGAAGGAGGGACCUGAGGGACGGUGCUCAUUUCAU